AAAAACCAUAGGGAUGUUAUCGUUCAGCAUCAGAUCAUUUGGUGUUCUCGUAAAUAUUCGUGAAAUUCACCAUGAAAUCGUUCGCUUUAGUGUGUGUUUUGGCCGUGGUGUGUUCGGCGCUCGCAACCCCAGAAGUGGCGGGUAUUGAACAACUUAAACGGGAUGUCAACUUGGUGGCUGAUACAAGCAAACUUAUUGAAGAGCUCGUGAACAAUCUUCGCAAGUCCGGGCAAGAAGCUAUAGACUCCGUUGCUACUUUCAAUACUGGUAUCAAAAACGAAGCUUUGGCGAUAAGAGACAAAAUCGUAGCUGAUGUGCAGAAAUUCAGAAACCGUGUGACUGAAGCUGUUGAAAAUGUGAUGCAUAGGAUUUCUAAUACAAACGCAGCCGUCAAGGAGUGUGUGGAUUCUCAUAGAAGCGUUGCUGCAUCGAUUUUCAACGAAACUCUGUCCAGUACAUUGGUUUGCGUAGAUGAAAGAAUUAGUGAUGUCUCUAAGGAAAUCAGCUACUUGAUGACAAUAGCCAAAGAGGCGGUAGCUGCGGGCAAUCAGGCAAUGGAGGACAUGAAGGAAUGUACUACGAAUAACACAAACUUACUGACUGUUGGAACUUGCCUUGCUAAAGUCGCUGUGAAGAUUGAGAUGAAAUCUGUUGGUUUCCUUGGCCAAUCUGCUAUGACGGUCGGACGCAUUAACAUUGGAAUAAGCUCAUUGCCAGCUGCACUUGACGUAUGUGCUGGAGUACGUUUGAUUCAAACUGGAAUCCAAACUGGAAAGAUCAUCGUCGAGGUUGGCAGCUGCUCAGCAACUGGAAUUUUUAACGCAAUAACUGGCAAACCUACAGCUUAAAAGCUAUUUUGAAAAUUGAUUUUAAAGUAAUAAAUAUCUAACUCAAACCACAA